AUGCAUUGCGGGCUGCUGGAGGAGCCUGAUAUGGAUUCCACAGAGAGCUGGAUUGAAAGAUGCCUAAAUGAGAGCGAGAGCAAGCGAUACUCGAGUCACACGUCUCUGGGGAACAUGUCCAACGAUGAACAUGAAGAGAAAGAAAACAACAGAGCCUCUAAACCACAUUCAACACCGGCUACUCUGGAAUGGCUAGAAGAGAACUACGAGAUAGCCGAAGGUGUGUGCAUUCCCCGAAGUGCCCUCUACAUGCAUUACCUGGACUUCAGUGAAAAGCACGACACACAGCCUGUGAAUGCAGCCAGCUUUGGAAAGAUUAUAAGGCAACAGUUUCCAGCACUGACUACCAGAAGACUGGGGACAAGAGGGCAGUCCAAGUACCACUACUACGGCAUAGCAGUGAAGGAGACCUCUCAGUAUUAUGACGUGAUGUACUCCAAAAAGGGAGCGGCGUGGGUGAACGAGACGGGGAAGAAAGAGGUCACGAAGCAGACAGUGGCGUAUUCACCGCGCUCCAAACUGGGGACGCUCCUGCCAGAGUUUCCAAAUGUCAAAGACCUAAAUUUGCCCGCCAGCCUGCCAGAAGAGAGGGUGUCAACCUUCAUCAUGAUGUACAGAACGCACUGUCAGAGGAUACUGGACACAGUCAUACGAGCCAACUUUGACGAGGUCCAAAGUUUCCUGCUGCACUUCUGGCAAGGCAUGCCGCCCCACAUGCUCCCUGUCCUCGGCUCCCCUACGGUGGUGAACAUAGUUGGUGUGUGUGACUCCAUCCUCUACAAGGCCAUCUCUGGGGUGCUGAUGCCCACCGUCCUGCAAGCACUGCCUGAUAGUUUGACUCAGGUUAUUCGAAAAUUUGCCAAACAGCUUGAUGAGUGGCUUAAAAUAGCACUUCAUGACCUCCCGGAAAACCUGAGGAAUAUCAAAUUUGAAUUAUCGAGGAGAUUCUCUCAGAUUCUAAAGCGGCAAACCUCAUUAAACCACCUAUGUCAGGCAUCGCGAACUGUGAUAAACAGCGCUGACAUCACCUUUCAAAUGCUGGAGGACUGGAGGAAUGUGGACCUGAACAGCAUCACCAAGCAGACACUUUACACCAUGGAGGACUCACAAGAGGAGCACAGGCAGCUUAUUAUCCACUUGUAUCAGGAGUUUGACCGUCUACUUGAGGAGCAGUCUCCAAUCGAGGCUUACAUCGAGUGGCUGGACUCCAUGGUGGACCGCUGUGUCGUCAAGGUGGCAGGGAAGAGGCCCGGGUGCCUAAAGAAGGUGGCCCAACAGUUCCUGCUGAUGUGGUCGUGUUUCGGUACCAGAGUCAUCCGGGAUAUGACCCUCCACAGCGCACCCAGCUUUGGGUCCUUCCACCUGAUCCAUCUCAUGUUUGAUGAUUAUGUUCUUUACCUGCUGGAGUCCUUGCACUGCCAGGAGAGGGCCAACGACCUUAUGAGGGCCAUGAAGGGCGAGGGCAGCACAGCAGAGAGAGAGGAGGAAUUCACGCUGACAGAAACCACUCCCACCUCCCCAUCUCCAGCAUCCUACUCUCCGGCUCGGUCGGUCCAUUCUGUGGGCGUUUCCUCGGCCAGCUCCCCCACAGCAGCCGUGUCCCCGGAGUACACAGGAGUCACUGCCACCACAGGCGCUGUUCAGUCAUAUACCUGGUCCCUUACAUACACAGUGACAACAGCAGGCGGCUCCACUCCAGAGGCCGGGCAGCAGCUGUCCUGUAUGAGGAGCAGUGCACCAGUCCCUCCUCCAUCCUCAACCCAUCGGAUGCCAGUCUACACCCACAGAGAGGAGCAUGGAUAUACUGGCAGCUACAACUACGGCAGCUACGCCAACCAGCACCCUCACUCCAUCCAGAGCCAGUACCCAAGUCUUGCCCAUGAGCCGGCAAUCCCAGCCCCCCUCCACUACUCCGCUUACCACCGCUCAUCUGCACAGUACCAGCUCAAUGGUCAGAUGUCCCGUAUGGAGCCUUGCUUGAUGGGCAGCACUCCUCGCUUGCACCCCGCACCUGUCGCCCCCCGGUGGCCAGAUGUGUCACCGGCUAACAGCUGUUACACCAGCCCACCUAUGCAUUCAUCCCGCUAUGCCGCUUCCGGGGACAUGUACUCUCCCCUGGGCCCACGCAGGAACUCAGAGUAUGAACACUCACAGCAUUUCCCUGGCUUUGCCUACAUCAAUGGAGAGGCCACCACAGGAUGGGCAAAAUAA